AUGCCACUGCCUGAAAACAGCUCAUCAGUCGAUUCUCCAAGCCGUGAAAUCACGCACUUCGUCGUAGUCGGGUUCUUUUCCUUCAUUCAUCAUCAAAUCAAGUCAGACACGCAAAACGAAGAUUUUGAGGCCAUGGCUUCCAGAGCCUUUUUCGACCCCGUCGUUGCGCUGCGGGCGGCGCCCCUGCUUACGUCCACCUGCUCGCUUUGGUUUGCGUGGGACCAGCACUUCUUCCUGCAUCUCUUCAACAAGCCCGAGAUCCGAAGCAAAUCCAACGAGCUGCUGCCCACGUACUUUGGCUAUUUUUUCCGCGGAGGAGUGACUCGCGUCCUGGUUCUGCUUUCCUUGACAGUGUCAUCCACGCUCGCAACCUGCUUGGUCAACCAUGACUCGCAUUGGGCCAAUGGGUCUCUACGCUGGUACACGGCCGGAAUGGUUUUGGCCGCCAGCCAUCUUGCAUUCGUCCCUGCGAUAGCCCCCAAAGUGCAGGCCGUGAUUGAAGACACUUCCAAGGGACAGAGCACCAACGAUUUGGACAGCUGGCUAACGAUUCACGCCUGGAGAGGGCUGACUGUGGACUUGGCGGCAUGGGCUUGUUUCGUUGUUGCUACUGUGCGUAACAUCCAGUCGUCGUGA